UACCGGGCAUAACUGCGUAAUUAUUACGUAGGAAAUGGCUGUGUGUGACGUACUUUGAAAGUUCAGAAAGAUUUUAUCAAAAAAGCAAAGGAUAUAACUUCUGUGUGAAGUAGAAGAAGCUAUAUUUAGAUAAAAUUCAUAUAUUAAUCUUACUUAAGACGUUAAUAGGUAAAAUUCUGAUGAGUGAUUCCCAAGGAAGUAAAAGGCCUGCAUCCCCCUCACCCAGGGAAUCCAGGAAGAAAAUAUGUAGAUCAAGAUGCAAGAGUAACCCAAUUACCAUAAAUCCUUCUUAUCUAACCAAAGAAUUUAAAUCAAAAUUGAAGGAAGCAUACUCAUCAAAAACUUACAUGAAGCAUGGCUGUGUUGAAUUUCACAGUGAUCCAUUCCCUGUUUGUGUUCUUCCCAAGUUUAUCAAUGAGAAAGAGUCACUGAGAAGAUUGAAGGAAGAGUUGCUGGAUUUAACCUACCAUGAAAAGAAUAACGAUCUGUACACCUUCCACCAGUCGAAUGACUUGAGUAACAUCGCCACUCGAUACAUUAACUGGUUGACCAAGCUCUUGUACGAAGAUUUCCGCACUCUGCUGAGUGAAAUAAUGGGGAUUGAGUUAAACGAUAAAAUGGAUAUAACGUGUUCUCAGUACAGUCAUGGCGAUGUUCUCCUGUGCCACGACGAUGAGCUGGAAGAGCGCCGUGUCGCUUUCAUUUUAUAUUUGGUACCGGCUUGGAAGGAAGAAGACGGAGGAUCUUUGCAGUUGUUUGAUUGUGAUAAAAAGAGCCAUCCAGGAGAUAUUGUCAAGACUUUCUUGCCGGUGUGGAAUAAUUUUGUUUUUUUUGAAGUGAGUGAAACUUCUUUUCAUCAAGUGGAAGAAGUUUUAUCGCUGGAUAAGACGAGAUUGUCAAUUAGCGGAUGGUUUCAUGGACCUCCGCUGAAGAGAUCAAAUCCGUGUUUUUUAUCCACUUACGAUUUUGUAAGUCCGGAAUAUAUAAGUGAAACUGUUUUCAGAUCGUGGAUUAAUCCCAUUUAUCUAGAAUCGAACGUUCAAAUGGAAGUUCAAGAAAAGUUUCAAGUAGAUUCUGAAAUAGAACUACAAGAUUUUUUGCAAACAGAUAAAUUUUUGGAAGUCGAAAAAGCUCUUGCGGCUAAUGAAUUGUGCUGGACUAGAAAAGGACCUGCAAAUAGAUAUAAUUACGAACAGCUCGAUGCAGAUACUUUUCCUACGAUUGUUAAGGAAUGUAUCAAGGUCUUUCAGUCCGAAGCAAUGUUUUUAAUGCUAUCUAAUCUGACUGGUCUUACUUUGCAUAAAUUGAUUGCCGAUGCUCAGAAAGAAAUAGAUGAUGCUUCUUCGAGUAAUGAAAUGGCCGGAUCGUCGUUGAAAGAAGACAAGAAGGUUACAUCAAAAUGCUGUUACGAAAUUAGACAGUGGAAACAUGGUUUUUACACAUUAAUACACGACGAUGACAAAGAAAAUGUUGGUUAUGCUCUCGAUUCAUUGUUAUGUUUUAAUUGUAAUAACUGGAAAAUGGAUUAUGGCGGUUUUACUUCGUACAUUGCAAAAAACGAAGAUGAAGAGCUUUUAUCUAUUUGUCCGUCAACAAAUUCUCUUGCAUUAGUUUACAGAGAUCAAGAUACGUUACGUUUUGUCAAAUACAUCAACAGUAAAGCUAAAGAAAUGCCAAAUGGUUUUCAAGAUAUUUUUUUUAUUUAUAAUGAAUGAUAAAUUUGGACCAGAUGAAUGUAGUUUAGAAAUAAAAACAAAUAUGUGAACAAUAA